AUGAGCUUAAUAUUAAAGCAUCAUCUAAUAUUACCAAAUUUCAAACUAAAUGAAACAAUACCUUUUAAAAAUUAAAAAACAAACUCAAUAACAACUUUAAGAUCAAUAUAAAAAACUUAGACAACUCAAAAAAUGAGUCUUGAUAAGCAUAAACCAACUAAUGAUACGUAAGUAAAUAAAACUGAUAUUACUUUUCCUGUUAUUAAUAAAACAUCUCCAAAAGAAAAAACUUGUAAACCAAACUUAACUAUUAGAAUAGCCUAUAAUGAUGAUAAAACAAUUAAAGAUUAUUUAGAUCAUUUAAACACAUUGAGAAUUUAGAAAAAUAUAUAAAAAUAAAAUAAAUUUAAGAAAGUUAGAACUGAAACUGAAAUAGUACAAUAUGGUGAUAUCAAAUUUAAAAAAGUAAAAGAAAACUCUACCAAAUAAUCUGUUGCCAUUGUAUCAAAUAGUAAGAAUCCUUAAUCACAAUCUUAUAUCAAAUUUAGUGAAUAGAUUUGGGCACUUGUUUAUAGUUUAGAAAACUUGAAAGUAUGAUCUGAUAUUUAUCAAAGAAAUAUAUAAACAAUGAUAGAAAAUUGUUUUAAGUAAUUAAAUAACUUAUUGGAUUAAAAAAAAAUCUGAAUAAAGUUAUAUUAAAGUAAAAUGGAGAAGAAUUGAUAGAAUUCUACGAUAUCAUCAAAUUAUCUUGUGUAAGAGAGAUUUAAUAUAUAAAUGGAGAAUAUAAAAUUGUUGAUAAAUUUGAUAUAUCUCUUUAUGAUGAUUUAGUUUAUUUGACUAAUAUGAUUGAUAAUCUUUUAUUAUCAAAUGAAAUUCAUUCAAUAAAUCGAAUUAAUGAUAAUGUAAUUGUUAUUUUUUAAUUUCUAAAGAUCUAAAAGGAAUCCGAAUAAAUUCUUAAAAUUUAGCAUUCCAUGAAUAUGCCUAAUGAAGAGUAAAAAUUAUCAGCAUAAACAUUAUCAAUGCAAAGAUUUUAAAUUCAUGAUGAAAUCGAAACUAUUGAAUAAAAAUUAGGACCUUUAUAGUUGAUAUCAAAGAAAAUAAGAUAAACAUCAAAAGUUUUAAGUAGAGUUAUAGGCAGUUUAAAUGAAUGA